UUGACAAAUCCACACGCUUUGUUUCUUUCCUCGAACUUUCCUCUCUCUUGCCUCUAGUAUCUCUAUAAAAACAUCUCCUUUCUCCCUUUGUCUCUACCUUACCUAAUACAAACCGAAGAAAAAGAUCUUCUUCUCUAAAAUCACACAUUAGAAAAAUAUCUAAUUGCAAUAUUGAAAAAUACCCACACCCAAUGGAAAACCAGCAGUCCUUCUGGCAAUUCAGCGACCAGCUUCGCCUCCAAUCGACGAAUUUCUCUAACCUCUCGAUCAACGACAGCAUUUGGGCGACGGCGAAGAGGCCCGAAGAGAGGAGGAAUUUCGAUAGCAGAGUCGGAGGGAAGGUCUCAAAGCAGAAAGGGACAGAUUUUAAUGGCUUCAAUGACGGGUGGAAGAUCAGCGGCAGCGGCGUUGGUGGUGGGCAGCAGAAGAACGUGAAUGGGAUUUUCAAUAAGGAGAUUUCGAAGAAGAAAAAGAACAACAACAACGACGAUAACGAUAAGAGCGGCAGUAAAGGAAAUGGAAAUAACGGAAAUAACAGCGUAGAUAAGAGAUUCAAGACUCUCCCGCCUUCGGAAGCUCUCCCAAGAAAUGAAACUGUUGGAGGGUAUAUAUUCGUUUGUAACAAUGAUACGAUGCAAGAGAAUCUUCGACGGCAGUUGUUCGGUCUUCCUCCUCGAUACCGAGACUCCGUACGAGCGAUAACGCCGGGAUUGCCUCUCUUCCUUUACAACUAUUCUACACAUCAGCUUCACGGAAUUUUCGAGGCUGCGAGCUUCGGAGGUACGAACAUUGAUCCAACGGCUUGGGAAGACAAAAAAUGCAUUGGCGAAUCCCGUUUUCCUGCACAGGUGAGGGUUGUAACAAGGAAGAACUGCGAACCCUUGGAAGAAGACUCUUUCCGUCCUAUCCUUCACCACUACGACGGUCCCAAGUUCCGUCUCGAACUCAACAUUCCAGAGGCACUAGCGCUCUUGGAUAUAUUCGCAGAGACAAACGCUUGGGAAGAAAUCCAUACACAAAACAAUACAACGUUGAAAAUAUAAAAUAGAAAAAGAGGCAAAGGGGUAAAGGAUACAGAGGGAGUUUUAGAUAAAGAUAGGGCUUUUUUCGCGAGAGCAAUAUACAUACACCGGGGAUUUGGUAUAUAGUCAUGGGGUAUAUGAUGUAUAUGGAGGCUUUAAAGUUUUGCCUCUUUUUGUGCCAGCUUCGAUUAUACACGAUUAGAUAUGUGUAAUAACGGGGAUUUGGUAUUUGUAUUUAAGACUUAUGUGGUGAUGAUGGUGAUGUGGGUGGUUGAAAUAAUGUGCAGAAAAUGGAGAAAUCUUGGUGUA